CCCAGUGCGCAUGACCAAAAUUCCCACGAUGUCCAUCACUGUCUCUGACUCUCAGUCACUGGGAUCGCACUGUCGGCGUCACGAAUUGUCGCCGAAAAUAUUUACUCGAAGAUAAUUACCCUUUAAUACUUUCACUGUGCGUUUAUAUAAACAUUUGAAAAAUGAGUUUUCUUGGUGAUUAUACACAAUGUCCAUUCGACAAAUCGCAUCGCAUUAUACGUAGUAGAUUGCAAACACAUUUAGUUAAAUGUGCGAAGAAUUAUCCAGGUGUCAAGCUUGUGUGCAUUUAUGAUGCUUCGCACAAAGUGGAUCCACAGAAUUACGAGAAUCACCUUAAAGAGUGCGAAAGCAGUGGAAAUAUGAAAUGUUAUGAGUAUUCGAUGGAACCAGCAGUAACAGUUGGAACAAUUCCCAUAGAAAGUGCGUGCAAUGUGGAAAGUACUACAAUGAACGACGAGGACUGGUCCGGAGAUAAUCCUACGUACGAUCCAUGGGUUGCAUCCGAAAAAAAAAAUGUAUUAAGGACGGGCGUGGGUCUGUCGAAGGGGCAAAGGAAGAAACAUAAACAACUCGAACGAGAAAGAGUUGCUAAACUUGGUGACCACGACAACAGCAAACAUAAUAUCAGUAGCGUCGAACAAUCGGAAUUAGAAACACCUUUAAGAGUUCCCAAGAAAGCUAUUAAAGCAUUAUCGUGCGAUUCAAAUUCUUUGAACAAUGUUACAAACAGGAUCUGCUACAACGAGAUAAUUUCCAAAUUGGAAAAGGUUUCCAUGGAGGAAAGUAUGGAAAAUGCACGGUCGGAGAAAGAAUCCGUAGAAAACAUUUUUAACAAUACCUUUAACGAGAAAUCGAAUCGUUCUGUGAAUUUGAAAAAUGUUUCUCUGUGCGAAGAUAAAGAAGAAAUGAAUACUUCUGCGAUUCGACAAACUACCUUCGAAGCAAAAAUAAAUACUUCGGAGUUAAAGAAUGACAGUUCUUUAAAGAUCUCUAAAGAGAACAAAGUUAAAAAGAAUAUAUCUUAUCAGAAUUUAAAUGAAAAAAAGACCACCUGUUUAAAUCCUAGUAUAGCGGCUACGUUUUAUCAACAAGCAAAGAAAAUUAGUACAGGGAGGGGAUUUACUAUUGCUUAUCAAAAGGCAAGAGACAAUCAGGAAGUCGUUAAUACUUCAGAGAAUUUCUAUAGUAUCUAUGGCUAUGACGAAGAUAAAAGUGACGAUAAUGAUACAGCGGUACAGAAUAAGUAAAAUUAAAGUUUCUAUUAUUAUUAGAUUAUAUUAUCGGUGUAUGCAAAUGUAAAUUUCUUUUUUCAUAC